AUGAUGUUGUCGCUUAAUUGUUUGAUUCUAGGACAAGCUUCUGAAAAAAGUCUCACUGAAAACAUUGGAGAAAUAUAUACAGAUGAUAGUAAUGUUGUAAUCGGAUUUUCUCAAUUUACAGUUUCAACCUUCAAAGAGAAGCUCUUUCGUAGGGGAGAAGUAAAAAAUAUAGUUCAAAAUAUUGAAGAAAUGGAUCUUUGGAAAGUUGACAACAAGAAAGUUGAAGAAGAAAACAAUCUUAAAGAAUUUACUAAAAGUGACAUCAUUGAAAAACUCGGAGGCAAAGAGAUGGUUGCUCGAUUCCUGUUUAAAAGAUAUUUUGAUGUUAAUCAAGAAAUGGAUAUUAAGGGUAUUCAUAUCUUUAUAGUCCCUACCUCCACUGAACCGCUCAAUCCUAUCUACUCAUAUCUAUUCUCAAAAGUUCCUUCAAAAAGAGAGCGUGAAAAAGAAGCCAAGGCUUCACGAAAGGUUCAAAAGAUUUUUGGCGCCACGAGUGUUUCAGAGACAAGAAUAUUUAAAACGAUUGCUGAGAAUAGUGAGGCAAGGCUAGAUGAAAAUAAGUUGGAGUUGCUAUAUGGUAUCCCAAACUUUUUCAGCUUCUGCACCAACGCCGGAAUAAUAUUUGCUGAUAAGACAAUGUAUAUCGAGCAACUUGAGAAAAAUCAAAGCAACUACCGAUACAUGUUCCUCCGGCCACGUCGCUUUGGAAAAUCAGCUUUUCUCAAUAUGCUUUGCAACUAUUACGACAUUCACAAAGCUGAUAUUUUCAACGAUCUUUUUGGUCCACUUUAUAUCGGCAAGAAUCCAACAUCCUGGCGCAACCAGCAUCUCGUCCUGAAGUUUGACUUAUCGUCCAUCAGCGUGAGUGGCUCAAGGGAUAGAAUAGAGGCUAGUUUCAACAAGGUCAUUAACGACACAUUGCAGGAUUUUAUUGAGAAAUAUGGAACAGAAUUGGGAUGUCCGGAAGUUAAAAAUGUGCUUGAUACCAGCAAUGCUUCUGCAUCUCUAAUGAGUAUCUUGAAACUGGCAGGCAAAUUUGGCCAUACUCUUUUCGUUGGAGUAGAUGAGUAUGAUGCACCAGCUAACAACAGUGCAUUUACAGACACAAGUACAGGAUUGGAACAAACUACACUUGAUAAUGUUGCCAAGCUUGAACAGUUCUUCAAGAAGAGUUUCUUUGCAGUGCUCAAACAAGGCUGUAGAAGGCUAUACAAUGGUCUUGCGGUCAUCAGCAAGUACUUUUUGGUUGGCGUCACACCUGCCUUUCGUGCUGGGAACAGCCCACUUAUUGAAGCAGUCAUUGUUUCUGAUGAGGUCGGCUUGCAUGGCAUAUGUGGGUUCACAGAGAGCGAGAAAUUGUAUAAUGGAUAUUUCUUUGCUAGCUCUGGUUACAACAAAUCUGACCCACAACCUCCACUCAUUUACAAUUCUCAUCUAGUCUUUCACUACCUCCGCAAAUUCAGUAGUCAUGGACUGGUUGCAAAGUCCGAAGAAUCUACUGCUAUCCAUUCUACAACAAUUCUCAAGUCCAUCUCGAACAUAGGAGAGUUUUCUGUGAAAGAUCUUGAAGAUUUGAUUAUCAAUGGAUCAGUUAGAUCAAAAAUCAAGACAGAAUUCGACUUUUCUGAUCUUCUCAAAAUUGGAAAAAAUAGUACUAUCACUUGGUCGCUACUUUACUAUCUUGGAAUCCUUACUCAUUUGAAAAAACUGGAAGACAAGCUUUACGAAGAAGAUGCUAGUAAUCUUUUAGCUAGGAACUAUAUGUAUUGGUCAGAGGAGCAACGUGAACCAAUACUAACAACUGUUAAUAAUGUUAUGGCAGAUGGAGUAAAACAGCUCAAAAAGUAUAUGCAAACUAUUAAAAUGGGAAAGCCAAAAUCAUAUUGUGAUUCAGGAGUCUUGGACAGCCGGGUUAUAAUUGAUGAAGAAUAUGACGAUUUACAAGAACAUGUUGUUAUUGCUAUUGGUAGACGCAUUCUGAUAAAUUCCACAAAAUUGAUGUCAACUUCAAACAAAUAUCAAAGGGCAUUAUUGAAUUUAUAG